CUCCUACUAUUUCCCAUGUGGUUGCGAGGGAAAUACAUCUCUAAAAUGUAGCCUUGGUCAUUUUCGCACGUUUCCCGACAUCAAUAGUGUGUAGACUGUGAUCGCGGAAAAUCAUUCUCGUUAUCAUGUUACCUACGUUUGCGGUAUGUUUUUGGGCAACGACUGCGUUGGCAGCAUGCAACGCGAGAACUAAGGUGCACUACGUACGGGCUGACGACAGGUCGCGGAACGGCGAUCCGUAUUAUUACCCCGAACGGAUGCAGUCUCGAGCUUCGUCCAUUUUUGGACCUUCCAUUCAGACCUCAGCUGCUGGGUUCCCGUAUCGGUUCGUUUUUCCGGCCAAUCAUCCGGCCCUGAGCGGAUCUGCGUACUCACAAUUCGUGCAAAACCCGCACCAGCCCGAACCUCCGUCUUACUCGGCCGAGGACCUGUUCGGGCCACAACCGGUAGCCAAGCAACAUCCGCUGUCCGACCUCAAACACCGCCAGCACCAGCAACAACAGCAACAGCAACAGAACCAGCAUCAGCAACAACAACAGCAAAUCGGAUACGAGACAAUGGCUAAAAUGCAAUACGACUUCCUCGGGGGCGGCGGCGGUGGUGGUGGUGGUAAAAUUCAAUCCUUACAGCAACCCUCUGCAACUUACCAUCACCACAUUAUAAAACAACCGAAACACUAUCAGAGCUACGAACUGGCGCCUAACACGCUGCAGCAACCCCUGCACCAGUCACCAUAUCCGCCUACACCGUCUGCCGUCGGCCAGCCGAUCAUGUUGCUCAUACCCUCUUCCGGUCAGCCCGGAGCACCGUAUCAAACCCUGGUCCUGGUCCCGUCUCCGGCAUCACCGUCUCCGCUUCCACCGGCAGUGCCGUUGUUCUCGGGUUUCCACCAACCGGUCCAGCACCACCGCGGACCGCACAGCCAGCAGUUCGUCCAGUCGCCCGGCGGUUUUAUCACUACGCAUCCUCGUAGCCCUCCACUCGUAGCCGGUUUUCCGUCGGGUCUCGGCGGUGGAGGUUUCGGCGGCGGCUUAGGUUUCGGCGGCGAAAGCGUCUCCGGACUUGGAAAGUUUCCGGGAGCGCAACUGUUCCACCGGUCGCACGAUACUCACCCGAAACACCCGAGCCAUCAACAACACCAGCACAAAGCGUCGUCGUCUUUGCCGUCAUCGAGACCGUUGUUACAACCGGCGUCGUACCAAGGUUCUGGGUCAACGCACGUGUCGCAUACUACGGCCGCUGGGGGGUCGUCAGCACAACCGCUCGAAGACAAGGUAGGACAAAGUACAGGGACGUCCGGUGAAAAGCCUGACGACCGAAACGACGAUGGCGCCGACGGUAGCAGUGUCAGCACCGAAACCAAAAGCGAAGACAAGUCACCCGAGUUCGGCGACAAGACUACAGUAAAACCCCUCAAACGGAUCGUGGUCACGUGAUUUAUUUACUUGAAUAAUUAUAAUAAUAUUAAUAUUAAGUAUACAUAAUAUAAUGCAUAUA